UUGAAUUGGAAACGCUUCCUGGCUUCGCUCUCCCAGAAUCCUUUGCGGCUCUGUGCUCAGUGUUGACAUCUUUAGCCGGUUAGAGCAUCUUUCGUUCAAUAGACUCUUCGGUGGGAUACACGUGGGGAGUUUAAACACAUCCUUACGUCGCUAAAGAUUUAAAACCAAAAUUCAGGAUGACAAGUGAGAACGUGGAACGGCUGCUGAUCCAGUUCCAGGAUGAGAACGGGGAGAUUCUGGGUUCACCCUUUGACGUGCCUGUGGACAUCACUGCAGACAAGCUACAGCUGGUCUGCAAUGCGCUGCUACAGCAGGAAGAUCCAGUACCUCUGGCAUUUUUUGUGUGCGGGGAGGUCGAGGUAGUAUCCAGUCUGGAGUCGAGUGUGAAGACUCUUGACUUCGAAACAGAAAAAGUCCUUCCAGUUGUUUACCAGCCUCAGGCUGUGUUCAGGGUUCGAGCUGUGGCCCGCUGUACCAGCACCCUACAGGGACACACAGAAGCUGUCAUCUCCACUGCUUUCAGUCCCACUGGCAAAUAUCUGGCCAGCGGUUCUGGUGAUACAACAGUGCGUUUUUGGGACUUGAUGACUGAGACACCCCAUCACACUGCCAGAGGACACACACACUGGGUAUUGAGCAUUGCCUGGUCACCUGACGGCAAAAAGCUGGCUUCAGGUUGCAAGAACAGUCAGAUAUGUCUUUGGGAUCCAGAAACCGGUGCACAGAUUGGGAAGACUUUGACAGGACACACCAAGUGGAUCACCUGGCUCUGCUGGGAACCUCUCCACUCAAACCCAGAGUGCCGCUUCUUGGCCAGUAGCUCUAAGGAUGGCUCCAUUCGUAUCUGGGACACUGUCUUGGGACGCUGUGAUAAGAUCAUGACUGGACACACCCAGUCAGUCACCUGUGUGAAGUGGGGAGGAGAUGGACUUCUCUACACCUCUUCCCAUGAUAGGACAGUCAAAGUCUGGAGAGCCAAAGACGGUGUGCAGUGUAGGACUCUGCAGGGUCAUGCACACUGGGUGAACACACUUGCUCUUAGCACAGAUUAUGUCCUCCGCACCGGCGCAUUCGAACCAGCAACUGCCACAGUCAACCCCCAGGACCUCAGAGGAUCAUUGGCAGAGCUGAAGGAGAGAGCAUUGCAGAGAUAUAAUAAAGUCAAGGGCUCCGCGGCAGAACUUUUGGUGUCUGGCUCAGAUGAUUUCACCUUGUUCCUGUGGAACCCUGCACAAGACAAAAAGCCUUUGGCCAGGAUGACAGGCCACCAGGCUCUGGUCAAUGAAGUUCUCUUCUCACCAGACACCAGGCUCCUUGCUUCUGCAUCUUUUGAUAAAUCCAUAAAAAUCUGGGAUGGGCGCACUGGAAAGUACUUGAUGUCACUGCGUGGCCAUGUGGCAUCUGUGUAUCAGGUGGCGUGGUCAGCAGACAGCAGGUUGCUGGUGAGUGGCAGCAGCGACAGCACACUUAAAGUCUGGGACAUCAAGACAGGCAAACUUAACAUGGACCUACCUGGACACGCUGAUGAGGUUUUUGCAGUUGACUGGAGUCCUGAUGGACAAAGAGUGGCCAGUGGUGGGAAAGACAAAUGUCUCAGAAUAUGGAGAAGAUAACCACACGCUGCUCCACCUUGUUUAUGACGAGAUUCACAUCCUCCUAAUGUUACAUUACGUGACGGAGAAAAGGUGACCGACCUGUAACUACUCCCAUGUUCAACUUUGUCAUACUGUCAACAGUGAUAUUGUGUCAUGGUCCAUGAUGCUAAUGCCACUUUCUUUCAACCCCAUUUAUAUUAAUGAUUUAAGACCUUAAAGGUGUUUAGUUGAGUGGGAAUUUAAAAUGCAAAAGCUAAAAAUAAUAAGAUCAUCAACCCAUGCAGGUUUGUGCCACAACACAUGAAGCACUGUGUUUAUGAUUACAUAAGCUAAUGCUUUAGUGGAUACUGACUGUAGCUCAAAGACAUGACAUAAGACACCUACAUAAUCAUAUUGAGGGUUUAAAAUGAUUUAACCAGCCCUUCCGUAAAAGCAGGAUUUGUUCCCUCAUUUACCUUAAGCCUCGCUACAUGAGCUAUAAACUGUCCUGUGACAGGUGGACGGCCGAGGCAACAGGUGGGAGCGCUAAUGCCUUCCUCUGUGAUGUUAAUGCUGACGAUGCUCACCCUCUGCCUUCAGCCUUUAAUCUCCUGUCCCACAGAACGCAAAGCCUCAACCUGCCGUUUUUGUGUCGGGUGAAGGCAAGUGUCAUCCACACUGACUAAUAAGUAUGUACAUACACGAUAUGUACAGUGCCUAUUCUCAGUUUAUGAUUUGAUCAAACAACUUCAAGUGUUUCAAGUUAAAAAGAAUUAGGCGUCACUAUUGUUUUAAGGCCUGUGGGCAAAUUGUUGAGUAAAGUUGAGUGAUUCUUGUAAUGAUGCAAAAGGAAUAUUCAAAAAAAGGUAUUAAACAAGUUAAUGUUUAAUGGUAUUUCCUGUAAAUUAAAAUGGUGGAUACAAUG